AUGACGCUGGGAUCGCCCCGCCGCCGCCAUUUGCAGAGCCAAAAGCUCUAUAGUGACCGCUAUAUCCCUAACCGCAUGGGGGUAGACCUCCAGGCGGCAUUUUCCCUAAGCUCUCAGGACAUCGUUGCUAAAGCCGCCAUGGAGGAUGAUGAGAACGAAAUGGAGGUGAGAAAAGAACAGGAAGCCAACCACACUUUCUCCACGGUGCUUAAAGCCGAGCUUUUUGGCGAUAAUGUACCUAUGGCCACGGCUAACUUACAUAGUAGCCAUAGAGCGAAGACACCGCCGGCACUGGAGCUGGAACUGGAACUGGUGACUCCUCGCCGGCCGAAAAAGACGACCAACGUGUUUACCUACUCACUGCCAAAGAAAAAUCGUCUGAAUGGCCGCGAUUUGCAGCAGGAACUUUACUCAUUGCUGCCGGUUAGACUGGACUCCCAGAGGCUCUUAUUGAGUCCGCAAAAGAAGCUUCGCACAAUUAGCAAAGUGCCCUACCGUGUAUUAGACGCUCCUGAGCUCUGUGACGACUUCUACCUUAAUUUAGUCGACUGGGGGUCGCAGGAUGUGCUUGCCGUGGGGCUUGGAGACCUGGUUUAUCUUUGGGACAGUGCUACCCAGCUGGUGGAACGUUUAUGCAAUUUGGCCAAGCGGGACAAGGUGACUCUGAUCAGCUGGAUUGGUCUGGGGUCCCACGUCGCCAUCGGCACCAACAAAGGGUUAGUGGAGAUCUGGGACGCCACCAAGAUUAAAUGCGUGAGAACGAUGGCGGGCCACCUGCUACGAGUGCUGCUGUUAGCGUGGAACGAACAUAUUUUAAGUCUGGGUCUGAGAGACCGCUCUAUCUUGAAUCGUGAUGUGAGAGAAGCGAACCCGUUCGUCAACCGGUUUGAAAGCCACAAACAGGAAGUGUGUGGGCUUAAAUGGAAUGUCGAUGAGAAUAAAUUGGCGCUGGGAGGUAACGAUAACCAGCUUUACGUGUGGGACGGGUUAAAUCCAAAGCCAUUACACACGUUCUCCGACCACACGGCAGCGGUGAAGGCGAUCGCGUGGCUGCCACACCAGCGAGGAGUAUUAGCUUCGGGAGGCGGUACUGCGGAUAAGACUCUCAAAACCUGGAAUACCUUAACAGGAAGUCUCGUCCACGACGUCCACACAGGGCUGCAAGUGUGCAAUUUGAUCUGGCUGAAGAACCUGAACGAGUUGGUGCUGACUCACGGGUACCUGCGCAACCAGAUCAUUGUGUGGAAGUACCCGCUGAUGCAGCAGCUUGCCCAGCUUACAGGCCACACCUACCGGGUGCUCUACCUCUCGCUUUCACCCGACGGCGAGACCAUUGUUACCGGGGCUGGCGACGAGACGUUGCGGUUCUGGAACGUGUUUGAAAAGAAUAAGCAACUGGAGGCGCCGCAGCUGGUGUUGUUGGAUGCGUUUCUGCAAUUGCGCUAG